UGGCCGAGGGCGUCGCCCCUCCCGAAGGAGCCCUCGUUCUCGUUCUCCUUCGAAACGAAGGACAAACAUGAUGCUGACGACGACUCCGACUUCUGGAAGCCGUGGGUCAUCGGUGUGAUCGUCGGCAGUGGCGUUGGCAUUGCUGUUUUCGUCUUUGUGGUGAUUGGCGUGGUUGUCUGGAUGGUCCGCAGCAGGCGCGACUACCAGCUCGUCAACUAA